UGGCCUUAUAAAGUAGUUUACAUGUAAAACAUGGCUAACUUCAGAGACAAAGUUGUCCUAGUAACAGGAGCAAGUUCUGGUAUAGGAGAAGCCACCGCUCUAAAGUUAGCAGAACAUGGUGCAAGAUUAUUUUUAGUGGCUCUUGAAGAAGACAAAUUGCAAAAUGUACAACAAAAAUGCAUGGAAAAGGGUUUAGAUAAAGAAAAAGUAGCAUAUUGCAGUGGUGAUUUGUCCCAAUCUGCCUUCAGGGAGGAAAUUGUUAAGAACCUGAUACAGAAAUUUGGAAAAUUGGAUAUACUGGUUUGUUUUAUAUAAUCU